UUUCCAGUCAAGUUACUACUGUUGGUGCUAGUUCUUGUGCAAGCUGAAGAAUUCACCUGGGCGUAUGAGUUUGUUCAAAACGUGUUAUUUGAUGAAGAGAAAUUAGUUGAAGAGAUUCCCAGAGAAGAUGGUAUUCGCAAAGAAGAGGACUUGGAUGUCAUCAAACCAUGAAAGGGUUUUACACUCUUCUAAAUUCGUGCUGAUUAGCUGACACAGUGUUUUGAAGAAAUAAAC